UUCCGGUGAUGCUCGCUCCGCCCACCCAGGUGAGGUUUGACUCUGUGGACUAUAAAAACAUCCUGCGCUGGACUCCAACCACCAACAGCACCUCCCUGCAGUACUACGUCCAGUGGAAGAUUUACGGCGAGCCUGAGUGGUUGGACGUUGACGGUUGUCAGGGGACCCAGAAGCACCAGUGUGACCUCAGCGGCGUGACCUCUGACCCCAGAGAGUGGUACUACGCCAGACUGCACGCUUCCUCUCCACCCUCCAGCAAAUCAGCCUGGGCCCUCUCACCGAGAUUCAGCCCACGCUGGGACACCAAGAUCAGCGCUCCUUUACUGAGGCUGAACGCCACAGAGCAAGGGAUUGUGGUCCGUGUGAAGCCCCCCAAACCGCUGGUCCGGAAGAUGCACAGCAGUCUGCUCUACAAGAUCUACCUCACACACACGAGUGGAGAGGAGGAGGUGCUGGAGCUCGGCUGCUGCACGCACAAGCUGACUCUGAAAAAGCUGAACAGCAAGGCCAAAUACUGCCUCCAAGCCCAGACCAUGAUCCCCCAGCAGGCCAAGAGUAGCGCUCGUAGCUCUUUGAAAUGUAUCACUACGCUCUGAGCACACAGGUACCAAGAUACGCACUCAUACGCACACAUAUCUGC